AUUUUAUUUUUUUAAAAAACAAUAACGGUUUUUUUUCAACAACAACGAAUGAUUAUUAUUAACCAAUCAAAUCGUAUUUUUCAUGUAUCCUGAGAGCAUGAACAGUUUAUUAUUUCAACAAAAUAAUAUGCAUUGUGUUGCCAAAUAAUUAAAUAAUGUCCAUGAUAUAUAUGUGUAUAUAUAUCAUUUAAUUUCAACACCUUAUCAUUAUUAUUAUUAUUAUUUUCUGUGUUAAUCAAAACAUGCCAUCUCAUUGUUCAUUUCAAUCAUCGUUUUGGUCACCUACAGCCUCUAUAGAUCCAAUGCCUAAUUUCAACAUGGGGUUUAAUGUACUUCAUACAAAGCUUCAACAAUCAAUGACAGAAAAUAAGGUAAUAAUAGAAUAUAUGAAGCAACGGAUUACAACUGAAAGAAACCAUGCAUCAACACUUGUGUCUUUAUCAAUACUUAACGAGAGUAAUCCCUUUGAAAAUGAUAUUGGAGCCAGUUUAAAGAAAUGCUUUGAAAUAAUUCGAACUGAAAGUGCAGAAUGUGGAGAAGAGUAUAGACAACUUGCGGAUCAUAUUGAGACUAAAGCACUUGAACCUCUUUUGAAAUUCACUGAACAAUAUGAAAGUAUCAUCCUCCAAUCUAAAGAGACAGUGGAGAAGCAACUCAAUCAAUUCAAUGUAGCUUGGAAGACGAUGGAAGGAGCUAAAACAAUGUAUCAAAAUAAGUGUAAACUAAUAUUAAAUCAUUUCCCGGACUUCAAGUUUGAAAACAAUGAUACCACAAAGAUCCAAAUUGGAAGUUUGUUACAAUUUGAUACUCGAGAUUAUGCUUGGAAUUGGUUUGAUACAUUGGUUGGUAGUGAAAAAAAUAGAGUUUAUUCAAAGGAUCAAAUAUUAAAUAUCUUGAAGAAUGAUAUGAAAGAAGAAGAGGAAUUAGAAGUUGUGCUUAAGAAUUUGAUGGAGAUACGUUUUUUAAUCAAGUCCGAUAAUGAAGAUAUGUAUUAUAAAGGAGAGAAACCUGACGAGUUAGAAGAAAGAAAUAGUACUAGUACUAGUAGUAGUCAUAGUAGUACUAGUAAUAAUAAUGGUAGAUUUUCAGGAUUCUUGAGUCGAUGGGGAAAUCAAGAAUCAAAAAGAGAGAAUCUUAUGAUUGAAAUGUUGGAAGCAGAUAAAGCCUAUCGAAAGACGAUUACACAGGCAGAAAAGAUACGUACUCAGACUGAACAAAUAUUACUUAUUCAUUAUGAAGAGAUGGAGGCUCUAGAAUUUGAACGAAUUAAAAGUAUUAAACAAGCAUUUAUUAGUAUGUCUCAAUUUAUGUCACAUUCAAUUAUGCAUUCUAAAGAGAGAGUUGAUGCUAUGAUGUUAUAUCAAGAAACAUUAAGGCCUGAUAAAGAUGUUCAAUUUAUAGUUGAACAAUAUCGAACAGGGCAGUUUUGUCCUCGAACUAUAUUAUAUGAGAAUUACUUUACUGGAAUAACUGAAGAUCAGCUUUUUGGUGUUCCACUAGAAGAAGUAACAAGAGUACAAAAUUCAUUAGUUCCACAAUUGAUAUCUCAAGGCAUCACUUUAAUUGAAUUAGGAUUUUCAAAAUUAUAUGAUGAAGAAAAGAGCGUUGUAUGGACUGCCAAUUUACCAUUGGAUAGAGUAUAUGCAGCUCGAGAUGAAAUUAAUAUUUCUAGUAAAAAGCUGCUUACUAUAGAUAUGUUGAAAAAAUUUGAUCUUUUACUACUUGCAUCACUCGUACGACUUUAUCUAUUAGAAUUGCCACAAUGUUUAUUCACGUUUGAAUUAUAUGAGCCCUGUAAAUUAAUAUAUUCUAAUCAUCAAGACCAAAAUAGUCGAUUGGCAUCUAUAAGCAAAUUACUUGCAACAUUACCAACAUCAAACUAUCAUACUGUGAUGCUACUUUUUCAACAUUUUCAUAAAUUAAUCCAAGAGAUUAAAACGGAUACCCAACAAUGUACGAUAUCGAUAGCAAAAACAUUUAGUUAUAUCCUUUUGAGACCGCAAAUUGAAACGAACAUAAGUCUUCAUGAACGAUAUUCACAACGAUUACUACAAGAUUUAAUCGAAAACUAUGAUUUAAUCUUUACUCAAGAAUCGUAUAAAGCGCAAGAGAAAAACUCAACUCGACCUUCCAUCAUCAUGUCAGAACCCAUAUUAACCAACCCUGAUAAUGAACAAAAGUCUGUCACUGAAAAUACUGUUAAAAAAAGGGCUCAUCAUAACGUUGAUAAACCAUCUUCUCCCUCCCUUUUUACUUCUUUUAUGCGUAAAAGUCAGUCAACGCCUACUUCCUCACCUGCAUCAAGCAUAAAAAGACAACACUCAACAAGUAACAGUAGCAUAACAAUGAUGACAGGUGGAGGCUUAAUAAUGCCAAUGCCUUCUUCUAGUACCUUAUUCGAAGACCCUGAUGAAAUUAUGAAUUUUAAUUCUUCCGAGUCAUCAUCUACUAUUUGUGUAAAGACUCCCUCUUUUCAGGAUAUUUCUUCAAGAAAAUCUUCUAUAGAUCCUCUUAAUUACAACAAUAGACAUUCAAUAGAAGAUACUUUUAUGAUAGAAGAAUUAGCAAGUUUAGAUUCUUUCUUUGAAGAUGAAGAUUAAUUGACAGUCUUGUUAUAUAAUAAUUUUAUUGUUUACUAUAUUUGGUAUAAUUUCUAUCUAAC